ACAGUUUGUGGAGAAGUCCUCCUCACUGCUGACUAACCAUGAGCACCCAGAUCCAACAGCGUUCUCCUGAGAUGGAGGCAGCAGUCAGCCGCCUGAUCAAACUGCACCUAGAGGUCUCAUCCACCUACCUCUCCCUGAGCGUCUACUUCGAAGGCAGCGAAACGGCUCUGAAUGGUGUGGGCCGCUUCUUCAGGGCGUUGGCUAAGGAGAAGCAGGAGGGCGCCCACCUUCUCUUGAAGAUGCCCAAGUCCUCAGGUGGUGGCACCCUGAUCCAGAGUGGACAGAUGCUGUCCCCAGGGAAGUGGAAUACUGGCGUGGACGCCAUGGAGGAUGCCAUGGCCCUGGAGAAGAGCCUGAACCAGGCGCUAUUGGAUCUGCAUGCCCUGGCUUGUGCGAGCGCUGAUGCCCAGCUCUGCGAGUUCCUGGAGCGCCGCUUCCUGAAGGAGGAGAUGAUGCUCCUCAAGAAGAUGGGUGACCACCUGGCCAACCUGCGCAAGAUGACCAGCCCUGAGGCUGGGCUACAGGCCGGGCUGGGCGAGUAUCUCUUCAAAAAGCUCUCCUUCCAGGGCGACUAGGAGCCUCCGAAGCCCGGCUGCCGCUGUGGGACCCCUCUGCCUCCCGUGGCCUCGAGAUCUCCGCUCCAGCCUCUUGCUCCAGCCGGGACGCAACCUGAGCCAAGGCACCAAAUGGCAACAAAAAAGCUUCUUUUUGCAGAGGGGGGGAAUAGCUAAGUUGUAAGAAAAGUAUUUGAAUAGCAUGUAUAAUUUGUAGUCUGCUUAAUUCUCUAGAUUAUCUAAAGAAAUGGUUCCUAACUUGUGUGUAUCACCUGGGCACGUUGAAUAUCUGAUAAAAACCUGUGUUUUUCUCUGUCAAGAAGAUUCAGAAAUUGUUGAAACAGCUAUUCUGAAAAUGUUGCAGAGAAUUUUAGGGGUUUCCGGACUUCUCUGGAGUCACUCUGGGUACUGGGUUCAACUCUCUUGUUCUAAAAUGUAUCUGGCUUCGCCGAGCAGAGAACGGAGCACCUGGACCAUGUUAUAUUGUGUUCUCCCCUCAACCCCCAGACUCGUGAUAAAAUCGUUUUUCCUGGUUUUCAAAUUGCUGUGAUGCCAUCUGCCUGUGUGGAAGAGGGAGCCCUAUGAAAUUCAUCUUUGUGUCUCCCAUUAGGUUGUUACUGAGAACACUGAUUGUUACAUCAUACACUGACCUCUUCAUGAAGCCUCUUAAGAAAAAUUUCUUUUUGGUCUUAAUAGUAGGAAUAACAGUGCUUCGCUUGGGUAAUUGGUUUGUUUUUGUUUUAUGGACAUUGUAAAUGAUGUAACUAAUUAAGUUUCCUUUUCUGACUGCCUGUUAAAAAGGUUA